CCAUACGCCAAUAAUCCCUUGCAACUGCUCGUACUGUUCCAAAUCUCACUAGGAGUCUGGAGUACCGCCAAGACCCUUCUUUCUAGUAAAAUCUGAAGAUGCGACAUUAUAUACUGUCAGCAGCUGUGACGCUGGGUUGCACCGUCGCAGCAGGUGCGGAGUCGGUCAGAGAAAGGACGUCUACAGAGAUGAAAACCGGGUCUGAGGUACUGGGCAUCGAUCCGUCUCUCUCUCAGCUAUACCAACCCGCAACCGGAUCAGGGCAUUCCGAGUCCAUGUUCCAAUGUCUAGACGAGAACAAGACUCUGAUACCAUUCCGAGCGGUCAACGACGACUUUUGCGACUGUCCCGAUGGAUCGGACGAGCCCGGCACAUCUGCGUGCAGCUACAUAAAAGGACGAAAGUUCUGGUGCAAGAACGAAGGUCACAUCUCCGCUUGGAUCUGGAGUUCCAGAGUGGGAGACGGUAUUUGUGACCCGGAAUGUUGCGAUGGCUCGGACGAGAAUUCUUCCACAUCUAGCAUCAGGUGCCCCAACACCUGUGAGGAGACGGGCAGAAAAUACAGGGAAACCCGUGAUGCAGAGAACAAGAUCAGAAAGACGGGAGCCAAAAUCCGAUCUACCUACAUCUCCUAUGCCAAGAACGAACGAGUCAGGCUUGAGACCCGGGUAGCUGAGUUGUCUAAGCAGGUCGAAGCGAAGAAGGACCAAGUGGAAGGCGCUCGAGUCCGACUGGAGCGACUGGAAAGUUCAGACAGAGCGGAAAUUGAAAGACGACAGAAUUCUCCCUUGUACCUCUCGUUCUUGGAGCAUCGAAAAGCGUUGUCUUCGUUAAGGCAGCAGCUUGGAGAAGUGCAACAAGAGAGAGAGGAAUUGAAAAGUAUGCUUCAAGCGCUCUAUGAAGGGUACAACCCCAACUACCAGGACAUGGCCGUCAAAGCGGCAGUCGUGGGCUUCACGGAAAAGUACGUUGCUCAGCCAGCUCAGAACUCGGACGAACAAGCUCCGGCAACAGAACCCACCAAGAUGGAGUUCGACGAAGAGAAACUCGAUGAGCUCGAAGGUGUUGAUCUGGUCAAUCUGGUCAUGUCUGGAGAGCCCCUUGGCGACUCGGAGAGCGAAGAUGAGGAUAGUCUGCUUUAUCGCUUGGAUCAAUACGUCCCAGAUUCCCUCUACGAAUCUUACGAGAGUGUCCGAGACAUCCUCAUCACCUACCUCGUCAAGUUCGGUUUGGUGGGUGGAAACACGGCGUCCACCUCCAGUGGGAUCGAGGCUGCCCAUACGGCUGCAGCCCGAACGAGCUUCAGCGAAUUGACUUCUCAGAUGACCAAUCUCGAGCGCGACCUCGAUGGCGCAAAGCGAUCGAUCGAAAAGCUCGGAGUUGACUUUGGUCCGGAAGGCGAAUGGAAAAAGCUGGAGAACACAUGUAUCGAGAAGGAGCAAGGAGACUACACCUACUCGCUGUGCUUCUUCGGUCAAGCGAGCCAAAAGAGCAAUAAGGACGGCGCCAAACAUAAUUUGGGCACCUUUGCCAACUGGAACGCCGGACCCACCGCGCCGUCGGGGACCGAGCAAUACUACUCAAAGCAAUUAUACAACAAGGGUUUGAAAUGUUGGAAUGGACCCGAGCGGAGCGUCAAGGUCGAUCUGUCCUGCGGUACUAGCAACGAGCUACUGCAUGUUUCGGAACCUGAAAAGUGCGAGUACUACUUCAAGGCGACCAGUCCGGCUCUAUGCUGGCCAAUCUCGCCGGAAGAUGCUCAUGGGGCGAGCAAGCAGGCGUCUAGACACCAUGCCGCUCACCAGGAUUUAUAACGGUCUGUCUGACUAUACAAUGCAAUGAUACAGACUGUCGAGCGAUACUUGGCACAGGGCGUUGAGCAUGGGACGAUCAUAGAUCAUAGAGAAGCGCGGCGCGCUAGUCGGCCCCUGCAUGUAAUCCUCGCUAGCAUCCGUGAUUCGUCAUCAUCCCACCGUGGCCGAGAGAGAGAGAGAGAGAGUUGCACCUGAUCAGCUGCUCAGCUGACCUGAUCACUAUCACUUGACGAGCGGGUAUA